GUAUUAUCGUUUUUUUCCCUUUCCCUCUCUUGUUUCAAUUCUUCUUUACCUCACCCGUCUCCCCUGUCGCAUCUUCCCUGGAAUCGAUCCUUCCUGACCGAUUCAAACGAUCCCUCCGGUGUCAUCUGGAAUCCUCUUUCCAAGCACUGUCCAAGCGGUGGGUGAGAUUGACCAAUUUCACCCAUCAGAUUCAACUGGGUUGAUCUCCCUGAUCCGCCAUGGCAUCCCGCCUUGAUCGUCUAGUCACAUUGCUGGAGACGGGCAGCACGUCACUCAUUCGCAAUACUGCUGCUCAGCAGCUGGCCGAUGUUCAGAAACAGCACCCCGAUGAGCUCUUCAACUUGCUCGGGCGUAUCUUACCCUACCUGCGCUCGAAAUCGUGGGACACCCGCACAGCGGCCGCCAAGGCGAUCGGUCUCAUCAUCUCAAACGCAGAUCCCUUCGACCCGAACGAGGAUGACGGCGAACAGAUCAAGAAGCUCGAGGAGGACGAUGGCGACCUUGGAGUCGAGAUCAAAUCGGAAGAGGAUCAACCGUCCGCGGACGAUGGCCUCCUCCGACCCGAGACGCUGGAUAUCGUGUCGAUUUUGAAAUACGGCAAGAGACUUCUGGGCAGCGCGGGCAAGGAAUACGAAUAUUCAUUGGCGUCGAUGGAUCCGGCGACCCGGUUGCAGCAUCAGAAGAAAUCCCUACACUCACGACUAGGUCUGGCGGGGGAAUAUAUCGAGGAGGAUCUGAUCGAUGACAGCGACCUGAUGCUGAAGCCUAAGGCCGACCCUUCCCCCAACACCAUCGCCCCAAAGGAGCACAACCACACCCCCUCCGAACACGCCGUCGUCUCUCCAACCGAGGCUGCCAAUGGAGAGGAGGCCGGUCUCAGUAAGCGACAGCUGAACCAGUUGAAACGGAAGAACAAGCAGAGCGCCAAGUUCGGGGCCAAUAAAGUGCGUGUCGUCGAUCUGUCCACGCGGAAACUCUCCGACAACGCGACUACCCCCUCCGUCACAACUCCCCACCCUGUCACGACCCCCCACCCCGUCAAGACGGAAAAUGGUGAGGAGCGGAAUGGCGACUCGAAAACCGACUACUUCUCUCUCGACCGGCCUGCUGGGGACGAUGACGACUCUAAGCUUGUCUCCGAGUUCAAGGGGGAAACGGCGCCCGAAAAGCCGAUCAUCCAGCCGGACGUGACGGAGGAAGGCCCGAGCCUCACGUGGCCGUAUGAUCCGAUGUGUGAUUUCCUCAUGGUCGACAUCUUCGAUCCCAACUGGGAGGUUCGCCACGGGGCGGCCAUGGCGCUCCGAGAGGUCAUUCGCGUUCACGGCGCCGGGGCGGGUCGCGUCCGCGACAAGACCCGAGCCGAGAAUGACGCCUUGAACCGGAAAUGGUUGGAUGAUCUGGCGUGUCGACUGGUCUGCGUGCUCAUGUUGGAUCGCUUUGGAGACUACAUCUCGGACAACGUGGUCGCUCCCAUUCGAGAGACGGUCGGCCAGACGCUGGGUGCGCUUCUGUCCCAGCUCCCUUCGCGCUCUGUCGUCGCCGUUUACCGCAUCCUCUACCGGAUCGUCAUGCAGGAAGACCUCGGUCUGGAGCGUCCGAUUUGGGAGGUGUGUCACGGUGGGAUGAUCGGCCUCCGGUAUCUCGUGGCGGUGCGGAAAGACUUGUUGGUCAAAAACGCCGACCUCAUGGAUGGUAUUCUCAGCGCGGUCAUGAAGGGGCUCGGCGACUACGACGACGAUGUUCGUGCGGUCAGUGCGGCCACACUGGUCCCCAUCGCGGAGGAGUUCGUCACGUCGCGACAGAAUACGCUGGGCCCGCUGAUGACCAUCGUGUGGGACUGUCUGUCCAAUCUGCAAGAUGACCUCAGCGCCAGUACGGGCUCGGUCAUGGAUCUGCUGGCGAAGCUCUGCACAUUCCGGGAGGUGCUCGAUGCGAUGAAAUCCAACGCCGCAGCCGACCCCGAGUCGUCCUUUGGCAACCUCGUUCCCCGCCUCUAUCCCUUCCUCCGACACACUAUCACCAGUGUACGCUUGGCUGUUCUUCGCGCCCUUACGACGUUCCUCCAGCUCGAGGGUGACGGGACCGAUGAAUGGGUUAACGGCAAGGCGCUACGUCUGGUCUUCCAGAACCUGCUCGUCGAGCGGAACGAGGGCGUUCUCAAGCAGUCUCUCCAAGUGUGGUUUGAGCUGCUGAAGGUCUUGGAGCAGCACGGCACCUUCAAGUCGGACCCCGACCUGCUGUCUCAUAUCCAACCGCUCAUUACCCUGACCAUGGCUCCGUUCGGUGUGCCCCGGUACCCGAUGGCUAUGAAGGCCUCGCUUUUCAUCAAGCCCUCGGGUGUCCCCUUUCCCUCCAGCGCAUCAGCCCCAGCCAAGUCGUCGCCCACUUCCAACCCGGCUGGGCCGGAUGCUACCAAGAAGCGCGGGCGCAAGGCCGAAAAGAAAGAAGUCGCACCCACGUCUUCGGCUCACAACGUCGAUGGCCAUAUGCUUCAGGGCGAUAUUGAUCUCGUAGGCGCUGAUACCAUGUUGAGGUCCAAGAUGUAUGCCGCCCAAGCCCUUGGGCAGCUGCUCUUCCUGUGGGAUAAGAAUGAUCUUGUCAGCCUCUGGCCGACCAUUUUGGAAGGUCUCAAACAUUCUGCCUCCACAUCGCAGCUUUCGACCGCCAUGGUUGUCGAAGAGUAUGCGAAACGAUCGAGGUCCAGUGGCAAAUACACUGCCUCCUUGUGCGAUCAGUUACGCCCGAUCGUGGAGGAGGAUCGCCCCUUGUGGUACAGUGAUAUCGCAUCUUACCUCCACGUGGCUCGAGCGCAAUGUCACUCUCUGCUCAAUGCUUUCCGGGAUCACGCGCACGUCUCUGGCUCGAAAUUACCAGUUCUUGCCGUCGUCGUCCAGGGCGACUCCGAAGCUGGUCCUAGUGCGUUUUCAUUGGCUGAUGCCGAGAAGGUGGUUGGUCCCGAUUUUGAGCGGCUCAAGAAGGGCCUGACGCCUGCCCAGCGGAUCACUGCCAUCAAAGUUCUCAAUGACACCCGCGCAACCGCCGAAAGCGCCAUUCACGAGGCAGGCAAAGUCCGUGAACAGCGGGACAUGCGGGUUCGGGCUGCCGCCGCGGGGGCCUUGGUGGCCUUGUCGGACAUCCCGAAGAAGCCUGGUCAGAUCAUUAAGAGUAUGAUGGAUAGCAUCAAGAAAGAAGAGAACGCCGAGCUUCAACAGCGCUCUGCCACUGCGAUUGCGUCCUUGGUGGAAUACUACACGACCACCGCCAAACGGGGCCCGGCCGACAAGGUUAUUGGGAACUUGGUCAAGUACUGCUGCGUGGAUACGUCCGAGACGCCCGAAUUCCACCCCAACGCCAAUCUGGAGAAAUCUAUCUUGUCGCUCCGCAAAGAGGAAGACCGCCGCGACCACCCCGAUGCGGCCAAGUUCGAGCGCGAGUCCAGAGAAGCACGAAUUAUGCGCCGCGGGGCCAAAGAUGCCCUGGAGCAGUUGGCCGUUAAGUUUGGUUCCGAACUCUUGGAGAAGGUUCCUAACCUUGCGGUACUGGUGGAGCGACCGUUGAAAGAGGCACUCUCCGGCGAUCUCCCCGAGAGCAUCCUCGAUCCAGAAAUUGAGCUGGGACAGGAGGUUGUGGACGGACUGUCGACAUUGCGGGCUCUUCUUCCCAAGUUCGAUCCGGGUCUUCAUGCUUGGGUCAUUGGCCUUAUGCCGCUGAUCGCCAAGGCGCUCCAGUGCAAGUUGUCGGUCAUCCGAUAUGCCGCCGCAAAGAGUUUCGCCACCAUUUGCAGCGUCAUCACGGUGGAGGGUAUGACCAUGCUCGUCGAGAAGGUCUUGCCGACGAUCAACAAUGCUGUGGAUGUUCACUGCCGCCAGGGUGCUAUCGAAUGCAUUUAUCACCUUAUCCACGUGAUGGAGGACGGUAUCUUGCCGUACGUCAUCUUCCUUGUCGUGCCCGUGUUGGGUAGAAUGAGCGAUUCGGACAACGAUGUGCGACUGUUGGCGACGACCUCUUUCGCCACCCUGGUCAAACUUGUGCCUUUGGAGGCUGGUAUUCCUGACCCGCCUGGCUUCUCCGAGGAGUUGCUUAAAGGGCGUGAGCGGGAGCGAAAGUUCAUGGCCCAGAUGUUGGAUGUGCGCAAGGUCGAGGAGUUCAAGCUCCCGGUCGCCAUCAAGGCGGAGCUUCGGCCGUAUCAGCAGGAGGGCGUCAACUGGCUUGCGUUUCUCAAUCGCUACAAUCUUCACGGUAUUCUCUGCGACGACAUGGGUCUCGGCAAGACUCUCCAGACUAUUUGCAUCGUCGCCAGCGACCAUCAUCUGCGGGCGGAGGAGUUUGCAAAGACACAGGCGCCGGAGGUCCGGAGACUUCCGUCUUUGAUUGUUUGCCCCCCGUCGGUUUCGGGACAUUGGCAGCAGGAGGUCAAGCAGUACGCCCCGUUCAUCAACUGCGUUGCCUAUGUGGGUCCCCCGUCCGAGCGCCAGCGGCUGAGAGGCGAACUCGCCGACGCCGAUGUCGUGGUUACAUCCUACGACAUUUGCCGCAACGACAUCGAUAUCAUCAACCGGAACGGCUGGAACUACUGCGUGCUCGACGAGGGCCACUUGAUCAAGAACCCCAAGGCCAAGGUGAGCAUGGCGGUCAAGCGCGUCGUCAGCAACCAUCGGUUGAUCCUCUCCGGGACCCCUAUCCAGAACAAUGUGUUAGAGCUGUGGUCUCUGUUCGAUUUCCUGAUGCCCGGAUUCCUCGGAACGGAGAAGGUGUUCCUGGACCGGUUCGCCAAGCCCAUUGCGGCUAGCCGGUUCAGCAAGUCGUCCUCCAGGGAGCAAGAGGCGGGUGCGUUGGCGAUCGAGGCGCUGCACAAGCAGGUCCUGCCGUUCCUGCUCCGUCGUCUGAAGGAAGAGGUGCUGAAUGAUCUCCCGCCAAAGAUCAUCCAAAACUACUACUGCGACCCGAGCGAGCUGCAGAAGCGCCUGUUCGAAGAUUUCAGCAAGAAGGAGCAGCAGCAGCUCCAAAACAAGCUGGGCAGCUCGGAGAAGAACGACAAAGAGCACAUCUUCCAAGCCCUGCAGUACAUGCGGCGUCUGUGCAACUCCCCAGCCCUCGUCGUCAAAGACGGCCACAAGCAGUACAACGAAGUCCAGCAGUACCUGCACGCCAAGCACUCCUACAUCCGGGAUGUGUCGCACGCGCCCAAGCUCAGCGCCCUCCGCGAUCUGCUCCUGGACUGCGGAAUCGGGGUCGACCCGCCUAGUGAGGGUGAGUUGGCGACGGGAGCCAGCUACGUCAGUCCCCACCGCGCGCUGGUGUUCUGCCAGAUGAAGGAAAUGCUCGAUAUCGUCCAGAGCGAAGUGUUCCGCAAACUGUUGCCGUCCGUCCAGUUCUUACGUCUGGACGGCGGCGUGGAAGCCACCAAGCGCCAGGACAUUGUCAAUCGCUUCAACACGGAUCCCAGCUACGACGUGCUCCUGCUGACUACGAGCGUCGGUGGGUUGGGUUUGAACCUGACGGGUGCGGACACUGUCAUCUUCGUGGAACACGACUGGAAUCCGCAGAAGGACAUCCAAGCCAUGGACCGAGCGCAUCGUAUCGGACAGAAGAAGGUGGUGAACGUGUACCGGUUGAUCACGCGGGGGACUCUGGAGGAGAAGAUUCUGAACCUCCAACGCUUCAAGAUCGACGUCGCAUCCACAGUGGUCAACCAACAAAACGCCGGCCUCAACACAAUGGACACAGACCAGCUCCUGGACCUGUUCAACCUGGGCGAAACGGCCGACAACGCGGAGAAACCGAGCGAACCGACCGGCAACGAGGUCGACAUGGUCGACAUCGACGGCGAAGUCAAAGAGAAGGGCAAGAAGGGGUGGCUCGACGAUCUGGGCGAGUUGUGGGACGACCGACAGUACCAGGAGGAGUACAAUCUGGAUUCAUUCCUGGCUACGAUGAAGGGUGAUUGAUUAUUUACUUUCGACCUUGUCAACAUUAUCUCAUCUUAACUUAGACUGGUGAGGUGGAUGGAUGGGUGGAUGGAUGGAGUUGGGUGUUUCUCACUCUCCCUUUUUCUUCUUCUUGAUAUGUGUUUUUUUCUUUUUCUUUUU